CCUGCCCCCUGCUCCUCCUGGCCACAGACACCCCGAGGGGACCCUAUGGAUGACGAUCGUCCCCUCUUCACCACCUUCAAGCCCUCUGGUGAGGACAACAGGGCCAGAGCUGAGCCAGCCCCCAACACACCCCCCAUGCAGCUCCAGGGGGCAGAGCAGUCACCGAGACACCACAACAGACAUGGCAGGGUCCCUCCAGGCUUCUGGGCACCUCCAGCAGCUCAGUCCCUGCCUGAGGGGGACCCGUGGCCAGAUCGGAUGGCCCUGCGUGCCCAGACAAGGCUGUGGUUUGAGCAGACACAAGCCCAGAGGCUGGGGCCCGAGGGGGAGCUCCCCACCUGGUUCCACGGCUUCAUCAGCCGCAGGGAGGCCGAGGAGCUGCUGCAGGAUCAGCCCCUGGGCUGCUUCCUGGUCCGCUUCAGCGAGAGCACCAUCGGCUUCGUCCUCUCCUACAGGGGCAGGGAUCGCUGCCGGCACUUUGUCCUGGAGCAGCUGCCGGACGGGCGAUACGCGAUCCUGGGGGAGCGCAGCGCCCACCCCGAGCUGGCCGAGCUGCUGCGGCACCACGCCACGGUCCCCGUCUCGCCGUACCCCGAGUUCCUCACCGUGCCCCUGCCGUGCGGCCGGAAAGACGAGCCCCGAGGACGGACAGAGCGCCCAGCUGGCAGCGAUGCUGCACAUUCCCCAUUGAGCCAAGCACCAGCAAAGCUCCCCGAGUACAGCCCUGCGUCCCUGGAGUCCCUCAGAGCCGAGGGCGGCUCCGCCAGGGAGGCUCCCAGAGCCCCCCCGCCGCUCCCUCCCAAGAGCAGCUCCCGGGGCGCUGCUCGGGGGCCGCGCAGCUCCUCCAGCAGCGCAGCAGUGCCCGAGGCUCCCUAUGCCCAGGUGCGUAAAGAAGCCCCGAGCCCCGAGCCCCCCGAGGCCAAGUACCAGCAGCUCAUGCGUUUCCACGUCUACGCCGAGCCCCGCGAGGACAUCUCCCCCAGCACCCCCAGCACCCCCACCCGCUGCGAGCCCGAGGGGCCCGUCCCGGAGGAGCUCAUCCCCGAGGAACCCAUCCCCGAGGAGCCCAUCCCCUUCUAUGCCAUGGCCCGGGGCUGGAGCCCCCGUGCCAGCCCCAGGGAGAACAUCUACUCCGAGGUGGCGCUGGCCCGGCAGGAUGUGCCUGCUCGGCUCCCCAUGGCACUCCAAAACACCUUCUCCACUCUGCCCCCCAAACCCCGGCCCCACCGCCGGCUCUUCCGCAGCGUUUCCAGCCAGGACUGCAAGAGGAGGCAGCUGUCGGUGGCUCCCAGCACAGGCACACAGGUCACUCUGAACCCUGAGCUGGAGUUGGAUGAUGCCGUGUACAGCCAGAGCAGCCACAGGGAGCAGCAAACCACGGCCACAGCUGAGAACGUGUACGAGCAGCUGCCUGGGGACUGCCCCUAAGCCACCUGCACAGGUGGGCUCAGGACAUCACCUGGCUCCCAGGCAGGGGCAACCUCAGCCUCCAUCUCACCACUCCAAGCUCCUGGCCCUGGGAGGAGAGGUCCAGAGCUGCUGUUGGCCCCAGCCAGUGAUGCCAAUCUGCUCCAUGGGGAGCCUCUUCUCUUCCAGCUUCCCAACCCUGUUGGACAAUGCAGGGAGGGGAGCAGGGUUACCUUACCCAUGAACACAUUCCAAGAGACUUCUGUUAAUAAAAUAAGGGGAAAAGGCUGUUACAGGAGAAACAGGCAUGAGUUUGGCACAGUUGGCACACCCUGUUGGAAAUAAAAUUGGCCAGGAACUGGGGUGAUGCUGCAGCCAGGGCCAAGCUGAAGCUCCCCAGCCUGGAGCCAACACUCCAAGCCCUGCUGGAGCUCAACAGGAGCUUGGAGCCAGGAUGGCCAAAGCCCCAGCUUGGAGGGAAAAGGAGAGCUGGGGCAUUGUAGCUGUUUUAUCUCUGGGAAAAUUCACUUCUGACUUUUCACAAACCUGAAUUUUGUUUCUCUUAGAAGGCUGAAAGUGGAACACGAGCUCUUGGAAUCCCCCCUUGAUGCUAAACCUGAGCUAAAGCAAAUGAGAAAUGGAAUGGGGAACCUGGAACUUCCAGCCCCCACACUGCAAACUCCCCAGGCCAAGAGGGUACCUGGAUGAGGAUCUGAGCCCCUUGUGAUGGAAACAGGGCUGGGUGGGCUCAUUUAGAACAAUAUUCCUUCACCAAAUCUCUUCUGGGAGGAUUUCACUGUACAUACAAGAUAUGAAUAAAUUACUCAACAGUAACUUUAUUCUGAUCAUUCAAAUACUCAAAACAGGCUCUGCAAAGUACUAAACAUACAGGGAGCUAAACUAAAAAUGAGAUUAGUUUAAAAUGUUCUAAGAAAAGACUUCAGUCAUGGGGGUUUGCCUGUUUUUAAGAGGUACCAUGGGAGAAAAAACACCUCUUGGGAGUUCUUCUUACUGGAAUAACAAAUAUUGGCCAUUUGAGCUGUGGUUACAACAAACAAAACCCAGAGUGUUGGGAAUAUAAGUUAAAUAACCAGGCCAGAGCUCUGCUCCCUUCGGCAUCACAGGCUUUGGUGAACAACAAAGUGAUGCCACAGAGAUUUGGAUCCAUGGAUUGGGCCAGCAGAGCUGCACAGGAUUUGCAGUCGCAUCACCUUGACAGAAUUCCUUAAAUUAAAAAAAAAAAAGGUUUAAUUUGAAGAAGUUAGGACUGGGCAGUCUCCUCUUCCCAGCCAGGAGGGCAAGGUCAACACUUAAUUGAAAUAGAAUUGAUACAAACAAGCUGGAAAAAAAAAA